AUGGUGGUGGAGAAUUUACGGCGGAUGGGGAUGCGGAAGCUGACCGUCGUGCAGCGAUACGCGAUGCCGCUCGCGGGACCGCGAGGAGUAGACGUGCUGUGUAACGCGCCGACGGGGAGCGGGAAGACGGCGGCUUUCAUGCUUCCGCUCAUCUCGAGAUUGGUCAGAGAGAGCGCGGAGGCGCCGACGGAGGCAGAGGUUGUCGAUGGAGAGUUUGGGGUGCCGGCGAGACCGAAGGUCCUCGUCUUGGCGCCGACGAGGGAGCUGGCGCUGCAAAUUCAUAUGGAGACUCGAAAGUUUAUCUUCGGGACGCCUCUGUGGUGCGCGUGCGCGUACGGGGGAUCGUCUAUUAAACCACAGCUGGAGGAACUGGCGUUUGCGCCGGAGAUUAUCGUCGCCACGCCGGGAAGAUUGUUGUCCAUGGUGCGAGAAGACGCGCGCUACGUGGAUUUGUCGGGCGUCCAGACACUCGUGAUGGACGAAGCCGAUCGCAUGCUCGACAUGGGUUUCGAGCCACAGCUCAACGAACUUCUCGGGGACUACGGCAUUCCGGCCAAGAACGAGCGUCAGACUCUAAUGUUCUCCGCGACGUUUCCGCCGCAAGUUUUGCGGCUCGCGAGUUAUUACAUGCGCGCGCCUCCCCACGCUGCGCGGGUCAUCUGCGGCCGCGUCGGAUCGACCGUCGCAAACAUUAAGCAGGUUCUCAUCGAGACUCCACAUUUGAGGGAACAAAAGUUGCCAUAUUUACUGCGCGUAUUAGAAGCCGUCGAGGCAAAGCGCGAGAACGACGGCGAAGAUGUCGGUUUGACGUUGAUUUUCUGCAAGCAAAAAGGCACCGCCGAGUGGUUGCGGCAACAAAUCGUCGAAGUCACUCCCUCGCUCGCGGUCGAAGAGCUGCACGGGUCGCUCACGCAAGGUGCGAGACUUCGCGCGUUGGAUGCGUUCGCAACCGGCGCCGCGAAAAUACUAGUCGCCACCGACGUCGCGGCCAGAGGCUUGGACAUGCCGGAUGUCAACCACGUCAUAAAUUUCGACAUGCCGACGAAGAAGAGUGAAUUCGACGAUUACAUUCACCGUAUCGGUCGAACCGGUCGCGCAGGGCGCAAAGGCAUCGCCACUUCUUUCUACAUCCCCGGUUUCGCCGAGGACAUAGGCAAUGGACCCAUUUACGAAAAUUUAAAGCUCGUGUUUGAGGAAACGCAGAACGAACUUCCGGGAUGGUUUCUGCAAUCGCGUGAUGCGCGAGGGUCUGUGGGAGGCAUUAGCUCGGCUUACGAUAGAGGAUUCAAAGGCGGUCGCGCGCGUAGAUUUUAA